CUAAUAUCUUCGUAAAAGCUCAUUUUUUCUAUAUAAGUGCAUUUGAAAAAUAGUUUUUGUUUUUUAAUUACUAUUUAAUGAAAUAAUAAAAUGAUGAUCAUUAAUUCCAAAGAUAUUGCAGAAAGAAAGUUUAUAUGAUCCAUUGUUUUCCCCUCAGCUUGUGACAAAACGAAGUUAGCUGAUGGUUGAAGUUGUGUUCAUUUUUGCCCUAUUUUGGUGAUAAUACCUAAUAUUGGCAUCAUUGGUUUAAGUUGGAAAGAUGUUGAUUGUAUGGUCGUCUCUGUCUCAUGUAUUAUGUCAGUUUUGAUAGUUUAUCCUCAGAUAUCAUGAUCCAAAAAGAGAUUUAGAAUCAUUAGUUUUUGUAAUACAACGAAAUGAGAACAUUAUCAUGUUGUCCUUUUGACUCAAAGUGAAACAAACAGGAUAAUAAUAGUAAUGUCGAAAGCAUCAGAAGACGACGUGUAUAGGUUAGAAGGUUCGACGAAUGAACCUGGCGGAUUGAUUAUACGAAAAAGAACGUCAGAUCAGUCGGAUCAUACGUUCAAGAAACCUCAGGGUUCUGCAUUUGGUCUUGAUAAGUUAGCUCAAAAAAUUAGGAAAGAGAAAGAGAAGAAAUAUCGUUCUCCUCAAGAGGAAACUCCGACGUAUACGGGAGGAGUAAACAACGAAGCUCGGGACCGAUUAAAGUCGAGGUUAAAGCGACAGAGUUUGACUGGAUAUGGUCGAGAUAGUGAAAGAAAUAAGGACAGAUAUCGAAGCAGCAGCAGGGACGGAGAUCGAGACCGAAAACGAGAUCACAGAAGCAGUAGCAGGGAUCGUAGUUCGAGACAAACUCCUCGAUUCAGAGAUGAACCACAAACUCCAAAAUUCCGGACAAGGGAUCCCACAUCGAAAAGUAACUGGGACGAUGAUGAUGAUGAUGAUGACGAGGGACCGCGUCGUUCCAGUUGGGAUCAUCCGACACCACAACCUUAUUGUUCCAGAGGCAGAGAAUCAAGCAGCAUCAGAAGUGAAUUUACUCCUUCGUAUAAAUUUAACGCUUGGAACAGAGACAAAAAACCAACCGGCGCCACUCCAAUGGUCGAUGGCGAAGAGAAAGAACUCUGGGAAGAAGAGCAGAAAAAGGUCGAUCGAGAAUGGUACUCUCUAGGUGACGAUGAAGCAAGACACUUUGGAGAUGUGUCCGAAGAAUAUACUCAAAAGAAAGAACUAGAACAAGAGGCUAGACGAAAGAAACGCGUUUCAGCCCAGCAAAGACAAAUAAACAAGGACAAUGAGUUGUGGGAGCGAAACAGAAUGCUCACUUCAGGAGUUGUUAGUUCUUUGGAUCAGGAUGACGAACCCGAUGACGAGGCAGAGGCAAGGGUGCAUCUCCUCGUGCAUAACGUUGUGCCACCGUUUCUGGAUGGUCGAAUUGUUUUUACAAAACAACCAGAACCUGUUGUUCCGGUUCGUGACCCAACUUCCGAAAUGGCUCUCGUCGCUAGGAAAGGCUCUCCUCUCGUUCGCGUCUAUCGAGAACAGAAGGAGCGUCGGAAAGCUCAGAAGAAACAUUGGGAGUUGGGUGGCACUCAAAUCGGAAACAUCAUGGGAGUGAAGGACAAGAGAAAGGAGGAGAAGAACGAAGAACAAUCAUCCGAUGGUGAUUACAAAUCUGGUCAUAAGUAUGCUCGACACAUUAGCGACGAUACUGCCGGAGAUUCUAAAUAUCAAGGUAUCCAAAACCAAAGAAGGACUCUCCCUGUUUUCGUGGUCCGGCAGCAACUGCUAUCCGUGAUUCGUGAGAACAGUGUUGUUAUAAUUGUUGGAGAGACUGGUAGCGGAAAAACUACUCAGCUGACUCAGUAUCUCCAUGAGGAGGGUUUUAGUAGGAACGGAAUCAUUGGAUGCACCCAACCCCGAAGAGUGGCAGCUAUGUCGGUUGCCAAGCGAGUCUCGGACGAAAUGGGAACGUCCCUCGGCGAUAAAGUGGGUUAUGCGAUCCGUUUCGAGGACUGCACCUCGAAAGACACAGUUAUAAAGUAUAUGACGGAUGGUAUUCUUUUGAGAGAAAGUCUUCGAGAGGGUGACCUUGAUCGUUACAGCGUCAUCAUUAUGGAUGAAGCUCACGAAAGGUCGCUCUCUACAGAUGUGCUUUUCGGCCUUCUACGAGAAAUCAUCACCCGCCGCUACGACCUCAAACUGAUUGUCACAUCUGCGACGAUGGAUUCCACCAAGUUCUCCGCCUUCUUCGGAGAUGCUGCAACAUUCCACAUCCCGGGUAGAACUUUUCCAGUGGAAAUCAAUUACUCCAAAAAUUCAGUGGAAGAUUACGUUGAUGCUGCUGUAAAGCAGGUCCUCCACAUUCAUCUGCAACCUCCGAAAGGUGAUAUCUUAGUCUUCAUGCCUGGGCAGGAGGACAUCGAGGUCACCUGCGAAACACUCAAGGACCGUUUAGCAGAGAUUGAAUCAUCUCCAGAGUUAUCAAUACUUCCCAUUUAUUCUCAGUUGCCCUCGGAUCUCCAGGCGAAGAUUUUCCAGAGUUCAGAAGAUGGCGUUAGGAAAUGUGUCGUGGCAACAAAUAUCGCUGAAACUUCGCUUACUGUAGAUGGUAUUGUGUUUGUGAUAGACUCUGGGUAUUGUAAAUUGAAAGUGUAUAAUCCACGAAUUGGAAUGGACGCCUUACAGGUUUACCCUGUGUCAAGGGCUAAUGCGGAUCAGAGAGCUGGGCGAGCUGGUAGAACAGGACCUGGAAAUUGCUUCAGAUUGUACACUAGGAGACAAUAUUUGGAUGAACUGCUGCUGACUGGAGUUCCCGAAAUCCAGAGGACUAAUUUGGCAAACACGGUUCUUCUUCUCAAGUCCUUGGGAGUUCAGGAUUUGCUCGCCUUUCACUUUAUGGAUCCACCGCCGCAGGAUAAUAUAUUGAAUUCCCUUUAUCAGCUUUGGAUUUUGGGAGCACUGGAUAAUACAGGACAACUCACGGCCUUGGGUCGUCAGAUGGCUGAAUUUCCUCUGGAUCCUCCUCAGUGCCAAAUGCUGAUUGUGGCAUCUCAACUUAAAUGCACAGAUGAAAUUCUGAUUAUAGUAUCAAUGCUGUCAGUACCUUCUAUCUUCUAUCGUCCAAAAGGUAGAGAAGAGGAUUCGGACUCAGCUCGAGAGAAGUUUCAGGUUCCUGAAUCCGAUCAUCUAACAUUUCUGAACGUCUACAAGCAGUGGAAGCAAAAUAAUUAUUCAAGUAUGUGGUGCAACGACCACUUUAUUCAUGCUAAGGCGAUGCGCAAAGUACGAGAAGUUCGACAACAAUUGGAGGAGAUUCUCAAGCAGCAAAAGAUGGAAGUCGUCAGCUGUGGAACUGAAUGGGAUAUCGUUAGAAAAUGCAUUUGCUCUGCCUAUUUUCAUCAGGCAGCUCGCUUGAAAGGUAUUGGGGAGUAUGUCAAUUGUCGAACGGGAAUGCCAUGUCACUUGCAUCCAACUUCUGCCUUAUUUGGAAUGGGAUUUACACCUGAUUACGUAGUUUAUCAUGAGCUGGUGAUGACAGCAAAAGAAUAUAUGCAGUGCGUUACCGCUGUGGAAGGGCAUUGGCUGGCAGAACUUGGUCCCAUGUUCUUUAGCGUCAAGGAAGCUGGACGAAGUAAUACGGCGAAAAGGCGUCGAGCCAUGCAGCAUGAAACUGAGAUGGAGGAACAGAUGAAACAAGCGCAAGAGGAGAUAAAAGCUAGGGCCCAGAGAGAAUUAGAAAAAGAACAAGCCUCUAUUAGGAGACAAGAGAUCUUAACACCUGGCAGAUGGGAACCUGGAACCCCUGCUUCAAACAGAAGCCAUGGACGCCUGGGAUUGUAAAUAAAGCAGUUCUAAAUUUUACGCGAUUCGGAUGUACCGUGAAAAUUUCUCUUUAAGUGGAAUUUUAAAUAGUAGCUUAUUGUUUAAAAACUUUUCUAUAUUAUUUUUGAGAAACUAUGUACUGUGAAAAUAGAGGCAUUUUUUUGCCUGAGUGACAACGUAAUUUUGAAGGCGCGAUUGUACAUAAUAUUGUAUAUAUAUUUUUUAUGAAUAAUAAUUUUGUUUAUAAAAAUAA